GGCCUGUUCAUAUGCUCUUCUUCUCUACAAUCUCAAACCUCUUUCAUUAGAACAAGAGACCAAUCUUCGUGAACAAAUUACGUCUCUUGUACUUCAGAUCUACAAGCAAAAUUUGGACCCUAUUACAAUUCGUCUUUGUUCAUCUGAACUUUAUAGGAAAAGCUUUGGUCGGAUCUCUUCAUAUGUUAUACAUCCUCUUUUCCUCUUUGAGUAAUCUUAAGCUCAACAAGCCUCUUUCAGAUUCUCAAAAGGUUAUAUAUAGCAGUAUAUAAGAUUAUAUAUAUGUAUAUGUAUGUGGAUGGAUAGCCAGAUAGUUUAUGUUGUUUUGAGGAUUAGAUUUAUAGCCAAGUUGGGUUAAUUUUUCCUUUUUCCUUGCCUCCUUACUCACAUACAAACCCUAUCUCUCCGUACAAAGUACUAAAAACCCUAACUUUCCCUCUCUCUCACUCUCCAAAAGAGAUUAUCAUUUCUCUUUCCACGAGAAAAGGAUUAUACACGGAUCCAUCACAACCGAUGAAAAGCUUGCAUGUGGUAACCAACGGCGGAGAUCUGGCGGAGGGUUGUGGAAUACUCGCCGGAGACGCUAAUGAGGCUGUUUUGAUGGAUGGAAUGGAUGAUGUCGGUAGAGAGAUCUGGCUAGAUCAUGACCAUGGAGGUGACCGUAACCAUGGUCAUGGUCAUCAUGAAGAUGACGACUUGAUUGUUCAUCAUGACCCAUCAAUCUUCUACGGAGAUCUCCCAACGCUUCCUGAUUUCCCAUGCAUGUCUUCAUCAUCAUCUUCUUCAACAUCUCCAGCUCCUGUCAACGCAAUAGUCUCCUCAGCGUCUUCCUCUUCCGCAGCUUCUUCCUCAACUUCAUCAGCUGCUUCUUGGGCUAUAUUGAGAUCAGACGGUGAAGAUCCGACUCAUAACCAAAACCAAUACGGAUCAGGAAACUGUGAUGUAGACUCUUCCGCCGCAUUGCAAUCAACUGCUUCCAUGGAGAUUCCGUUAGAGAAUGGUCAAGGUUUCGGUGGUGGUGAUUGCAUUGAUAUGAUGGAGACUUUUGGGUACAUGGAUCUGCUUGAUAGCAACGAGUUCUUCGAUACAUCAGCCAUCUUCAGCCAAGACGACGACACGCCAAACCCUAACUUGAUGGACCAAACGCUCGAGAGACAAGACCAGGUCGUGGUUCCAAUCAUGGAGAACAAUAAUAACAGUGGAGGAGAAGACAUGCAAAUGAUGAACUCGUCGUUGGAACAAGACGACGAUCUCGCGAGUGUGUUUCUUGAGUGGCUAAAGAACAACAAGGAGACUGUGUCGGCUGAGGAUUUGAGGAAAGUGAAGAUAAAGAAAGCAACGAUUGAGUCAGCUGCGAGAAGGCUAGGCGGUGGGAAAGAAGCUAUGAAGCAGCUCUUGAAGCUGAUUCUUGAAUGGGUCCAAACCAAUCAUCUACAAAGAAGACGGACCAGCACCAACAUCAACAACAAUCUCUCUUAUCAACAAUCAUACCAACAAGACCCUUUUCAAAACCCUAACCCUAAUCACAACAACAACAACCUAAUCCCACCGUCUGACCAAACCUGUUUCUCACCUUCCACAUGGGUUCCUCCUCCUCAACAGCCACCACCACCACCACAACAAGCUUUUGUUUCGGAUCCGGGUUUCGGAUACAUGAGUUAUCCACCGCCGGAGUAUCUUCCAAUGUUGGAAUCUCCACCGUCAUGGCCACCACCACCACCACCACCGUCCGGUCCCAUGCCACCUCAGCAAUUCUCCAUGCCUCCAAACUCGCAGUUUAGUCCAUUUCAAGACCCUGGAGGUGGUUUCAACGGAUACAACAUGAAUCCUUAUCAGUAUCCUUAUCUUCCUUCUGGACAAAUGAGAGAUCAGAGAUUACUCCGUUUAUGUUCCUCCGCUACUAAAGAGGCAAGAAAGAAACGUAUGGCGAGACAGAGGAGGUUCUUGACUCACCACCAUAGACAUAACAACAACAAUAGUAGUCAGAACCAGACUCAACUCGGUGAGAGCUGUGCUGCUGUGACUCCUCAGCUUAAUCCGGUGGCUGCAAAUGCUACCGGUGGGACCUGGAUGUAUUGGCCUAAUGUACCGGUCAUGCCACCGCAAGGAUCAGCUCAAUUACCGGCGAUGGAGACUCAGCUACCCACCAUAGACCGAGCUGGCUCUGCUUCUGCUAUGCCACGUCAGCAGGUGGUACCAGAUCGCCGUCAGGGAUGGAAACCAGAAAAGAACUUGCGGUUUCUCUUGCAGAAAGUCUUGAAGCAAAGCGACGUGGGUAACCUCGGAAGAAUCGUCUUGCCAAAAAAAGAAGCUGAGACGCACUUGCCGGAGCUAGAGGCAAGAGAUGGCAUCUCUCUCGCCAUGGAAGACAUUGGAACCUCUCGUGUAUGGAACAUGCGCUAUAGGCGACUUUGUGAAAACAAACGGGCUCCAAGAAGGUGAUUUCAUAGUCAUAUACUCCGAUGUUAAAUGUGGAAAAUAUUUGAUACGAGGGGUUAAAGUUAGACAACCGGCGGGAACAAAGCCGGAGGCACCACCGUCGUCAGCAGCUGCCACGAAGAGACAAAACAAGUCGCAAAGGAGCAUUCACAACAACUCUCCGUCGGCAAUUGUGGUAGCUGCGGCUUCACCAACUUCUCAAACUGUUAAAUGAAAAGUGAAAAAAAAAAACAAAAACAAAAACAAGAAACAGUAUAAUAUUAUUAUGUACCAAAUAAUGAAGAGGCAAAAAAAGGAAAAAUGGCAGCGUAUCUAAGUGUGCCACUUCUCGUGCAUGCAUGGGAUCUCGUAGACAAAUGGAGGGUCAUGAUGAUUAAAGAAGUUCUUAUCUGAGGUCCAGGUUUUUACUCCAUUCCUCUUUUUCUUCUCAAGUCGUUUUAAAGCUUUUUUUAACUCUUCUUUUUGUACCGUCAGGAUAUUGUAAAGAUGAUUAAUUCUGGAAAUGGUGUUUUGUGUUAUAUUUGAUUAAGGAAAGAUGAUUAUAGUGUUUUGUUGUUGUAAUUCUUUUGUCUUUACGUAUUAGUCUCACUUAUUGAGCUGAGCUUACAUAAAUGGCAGUGAACUUGUGAUGUGAAUGUUUUUUAUGGAUCACAAUGAUGAUAAACUGAG